UGUGAAAAACACUUCAUUCAUUAAACAUGUUAAAAAAUACACAUUGAACCAAUUUUUUUGAUGUAUUCACAAUUCAUUUUUAUUAAACAUCUUUUAAUAAACAAUACAGAAAUGAUACAUACUGGUAUUGGCGAGACUCAGCUCAAAAACUUUUUGUCAUCACUUAAUGUCCAUUGCAUAGAUGCAAAGACCUUGAAAAUUAGAGAAAAUGAAGCCGGCAGUGUUCUUGAUAAUCAGGCCAUCAUGUCACAACAAAGACACUUGCAAAGGGAAAUAUUGAAUUCCACAACAGAAGAUCAAACAGACAGUAGAAGUGGAAUAUGCAUAAGUACUGAUACAUGCUGGCAGAAAAAAGGAUCUGGCCGAUCGUACUACAGCUUAUCAGAAGUUUCAACACUGAUUGGAAAAACCACAGGCAAAGUUGUAAACCAUAAGGUUCGCAUAUCAAGCUGUAGAAUUUGUGAAAGGGCAAAGGGCAGAGGUGUCUUACCACGACAACAUAAGUGUAGAAAGAAUUGGAGUGGUUCGGCAAAGGGUAUGGAACCAGAUAUGGAAGUCGAAAUGUUAAAGGAAUUAGAUGAAAAAGGAGUGGAUAUAUUAGAAGUAGUAGGAGAUGAUGAUUCCACAGGUUUUGACUGAGCCAAGCGAUUAAUAAUGCCCAAUUCAAAAAUGGAAAAAAUAAGUGAUAGAAAUCAUAUCAAACAUAACAUUAUUUCACAGAUAAAUGAACUAAAGCCAAAACACAAAGAGUUAACUGGAAUGGUUUGUGACGCAAUUGUUAAAAACUUUACAUACGUUGUCAACCAGAAUGUAGGUAAUCCAAGUGGUAUUGAGGACGGCCUACAUGCAUCAAUAAAACACAUAUUUGGCGAACAUGAUAACUGCAAUGAAACUUGGUGUGGAUACCUUAAAGACAAGGAUUCCUAUAUCCAUUCAAAUCUUCCUCGUGGAAAAGA